AUGUGUAUUGUGCUGAAAAAAGUAUCCGAGAAGCACGAUAAAGAUGCUGAAUUAGAUGAUUGUAAUUAUAAAGUAGAUGAAAUAUUAAGUGAUUUAGAACAAAUUUCUUCAAAUAUAAUUGAUAAUAUAGAAAAUUUAGAUCCAGAUAAUCGAAAUAACUUACCAAUUACUUCUCUUUUGGAAUUUUUUAAUCCUCUAUUAAUUCAAAAUGUAAUUAAACUCGAUAUUUAG